ACUGCGCUUGCGCGGAGCCUGCGGCGCCCCAGGACGGGAAGUAGGCGUGGCCGGCCCAGAGCAGCUCGUGGGGAGCACUGCGGCAGCCUGGCAGAGUGAAGACUGACUGGAGACCAUCUCACCCCAACAUAACUGCAAGUCCCCGGGAUGCCCUGGGCAUGGCCUCUGGAGCCCUACACAACAGCAGCCAGAUGGCCUGUGACAGUGAGAUCCCAGGCUUCCUGGACACCCUCCUCCAAGACUUCCCAGCCCCACUGAGCCCAGAGAGCCCUUUGCCAUGGAAGGUCCCAGGGACAGUACUGAGCCAGGAAGAGGUGGAGGCUGAGCUGGCUGAGCUGGCAAUGGGCUUCCUGGGCAGCAGGAAUGCUCCCCCACCAUUGGCUGCAGCGGUGACCCACAAGGCGAUUUCCCAGCUGCUACAAACAGACCUUUCUGAAUUCAAGAAGUUGCCUGAACAAGAGGAGGAGGAGGAAGAGGAAGAGGAGGAAGAGAAAGCCCCUGUGACCUUGUUUGAUGCCAAAGGCCUGGCACGGAGCUUCUUUAACUGCCUUUGGGAAGUAUGUAGCCAGUGGCAGAAGCAGGUGUCCUUGACUGCCCAGGCCCCUCAGCGGCAGUGGCUGGUUUCUAUCCAUGCCAUCCGGAACACACGGCGCAAGAUGGAGGAUCGACAUGUGUCCCUUCCUACUUUCAACCACCUCUUCGGCUUGUCUGACUCUGUGGACCGCGCCUACUUUGCUGUGUUUGAUGGUCAUGGAGGAGUGGAUGCUGCAAGGUAUGCCUCGGUCCACGUGCACGCCAAUGCUUCCCACCAGCCAGAGCUGCGCACAGACCCGGCAGCGGCCCUCAAAGAAGCCUUCCGGCGCACUGAUGAGAUGUUUCUCUGGAAAGCCAAGCGAGAGCGACUGCAGAGCGGCACCACAGGUGUGUGUGCACUCAUCACAGGAGCAACCCUGCACGUUGCCUGGCUCGGAGACUCCCAGGUCAUUCUGGUACAGCAGGGCCAGGUAGUGAAGCUGAUGGAGCCACACAAACCCGAGCGACAGGAUGAGAAAGAACGUAUUGAAGCACUGGGUGGCUUUGUUUCUCUCAUGGACUGCUGGAGAGUCAACGGGACCCUGGCAGUGUCUAGAGCCAUUGGGGACGUCUUCCAGAAGCCCUAUGUGUCUGGUGAGGCAGAUGCAGCAUCCCGAGAGCUAACAGGCUCAGAAGACUACCUGUUGCUUGCCUGUGAUGGCUUCUUCGAUGUUGUCCCCCACCAAGAAGUCUCGGGUCUUGUCCACAGCCACCUGAUCAGGCAGAAGGGCAUCGGGUUGCAUGUUGCUGAGGAGCUAGUGGCUGUGGCCCGUGACCGGGGCUCCCAUGACAACAUUACAGUCAUGGUAGUCUUCCUUAGGGACCCCCGAGAGCUGCUGGAGGGUGGAGCCCAGGGAACAGGGGGUGCCCAAGCAGAUGUAGGAAGCCAGGACUUGCCCACUGGCAUCUCAGAACUUGAGACCAAUACCUCACCAAGAAGCUGAGUGGUCCAGGCCCCCAGCCCCACCCUAACUCCUCCUGCCCUUGUGAUUCCCCCCCUUCAAAGACCUUAGAUCCAGCAGGUAUAGUGGGCAGGGGUGCAUACCCUCACAGCAUCCCCUUAGUACCCCAGCCCUUCAUGAUGCCUGCCACAGUCUGUCCGCAGAACUGCAGUAGGCAGCAAGUGGAUCUCAGAAGGAAGCAUAGGAAAAUGAUCUCACUGAAGAGAAGAUGGCUGAGGUGGUCCCAGCAGUACGGGGCUGAGGACAGAAACCACAGGCACCUGUUGGCAUCCUAACCAAAAACACAGGUCAGGUCUUAGACCUUCACACAGACCUUUUAGGCCCAUCCUGGGGUAAGGUCUGCAGCCAGGUGUCUGGCCUGGGCUUGUGGCUUCUCACUGUACCACUGACCCACUGCCACUCUUAGCUGAGUUCAAAGGGUCUUGUAGACCUCUUUCCCUUGAGCAUCCUAGGGAGGUGAAGUCAGACGUGUGUGAGUGUGUGUGUGUGUGUGUGUGUGUGUGUGUGUGUGUGUAUACACUUAGAGUUAUUGCAAGGAAAGGUCUAAUCCAGAAUCAGUAUUCAGGUUUUAUCGUGUUUUAUCAGUGCCAAGCUGACCCACAAGGUCAUGUAAUUUAAGCUAAGCUUAGCAUUUAUUUUAUUCCUGAAAACUUAAGUAUUUUACUUUUUUAUGUAUUCAUGAAGACAUUUGCAGUAUUACUGGGGUUUUUUGUUUUGUUUUUUGUUUUGUUUUGUUUUAUUUUCCUAAAUCAGGAUGGAAACAAACUUUUCAGGUUGUGUUAACAAGCCACUUAAGUGCCUUAAUCAGCUUUGGCGUAGAUGAGAGCUGCUGGGGCCCAGCAUGGAUCCUGGUGGGUGUGUUCAGGUUCUCAAGAAGGCAGCACUUGCUGUGGGAAGGUCCUUUUGUGCUUCUGGGAACCUCAGAACUUCCUUGAAGUGAUCAUCAGAGGCUGUGACUGUGGGCAUCUUGGGUGACAGUGGCCUCCUUGCCCACCAUUGAGGUCUGGCUGGAUCCCACCUAGGAAGAUCUCACUGCCCUUGGACUAGAAGUUUCAGAAUCUUAGUAUAUUUGUCAUUACAUUGAGUCAUUGAGGACAGUGCAUAGUUAAGGGACUUUGGCCAGCCCAGAAGUACACCUCCUUGGGCGCUAGCAGUCUGCCGCCACGGUCACCACCUGUCUCCUGUGGCUGGUGUCCUUCCCUUCUGGACUCUGUCCUCUCAACCUGAGCAACAUGAAAGAGUGCCACAUCCCUAGAGCAGUGGGUGGGAGGUGCAGCAGUGAUGCCUGGCUGCUUGGAGAGCUGUGAUGUAUAAAAUCAGACAAGGAAGCCAGGCCUAGGGAAGGACACCCAGAGCAGGACUAGGGAGGUUGUGAGCCAAGGCUGCAACAUGCAGACACCAGCAGGUC